GCAACACACACAUUCUGCACGUUCCACAUGCGCUUCAGAUGCGCGGAGCUCCGCACAUGGAUCAGCGCGCAGAGCUCUUAUAACACAUCCCAGAGUCCCACCAGAAGCCGAUGUCCAGUGCAUGCUACUCAAUAGACGAGCUUGUGCCUUUAGAAAUCAUUUUGAUUCAAAACUUAUCCAUUGAUUUGAAUGCACCACGCGCAAGACAAAAUGCCAUUUCGUCAGCAUGCUGUGGACAGUCAGUUGGAGAAACUUGCUUUGGAGCAGGUGGUGCCUGCUUUGCUGGACAGAGGCUUCUUUUACGUGGACCAUUUUUUGGGGGACAUCGCGGGACAAACGGUAUUGGGUCAGGUCAAGCGCAUGCAUGACUGUGGGCUCCUCGAUGACGGACAGCUUGCGGGUCGAAGAAAUGGAGUUUGCAGGAGGAACAUCAGAGGAGAUAAAAUAACGUGGGUUAACGGGAACGAGAGGGGCUCCGAGGCUGUAAAUUUCUUAUUGACCCUCAUUGAUAAGUUGAUAUCUUCAUGCGACGGUCUACUGGGGAAAAGUAUUUGUGCUAGAUCAAAGGCGAUGGUGGCUUGUUAUCCAGGAAACGGAGCAGGAUAUGUGAAACAUGUAGAUAAUCCGAACGCAGACGGUCGCUGUGUUACCUGUAUUUACUAUCUGAACAAAAACUGGAACGCCAAGGAGCACGGGGGAAUAUUAAGGAUAUUUCCUGAAGGGAAGCCUUACGUGGCUGACGUUGAACCUUUGUUUGAUCGACUUCUGCUUUUCUGGUCAGAUCGAAGGAACCCUCAUGAGGUUCAGCCAUCAUAUGCUACAAGGUAUGCGAUCACCGUGUGGUACUUUGAUUCAGAGGAAAGAGCCGAAGCUAGAAGGAAAUUCAGAGACCUGACAGCCUCCACACAGGAAAGAUCAUCAUCUUAACAUAGAGACACACUGGUCUGUUUCCUCCAAGAGGAUUUGUUUGUUUUCUUGUAUUCUUUUGCUUAUUUUUGUAAUGGUUUUUGCACUAAAGUUACUCCUCUCCUGUGAUUUACUUGGGUUUGAAUACAGUCCUUAAAAUCAGAGAAGAGUCCUUUUAGUAACACGCUGCUAAUGUAAAUAUAAUUUUGUGAACAAUGUUAAAUUGUAAUACAUAUAGUAAAUCAACUAUUAGAUGUUUAUUGUGAAGUUGUUCUUAAAAAAAAAACAGAGAUAUAUAUGGCAAAGAUACAUUUUAAAAAUAAAAACGAAUAUAUUACCGCUUUUAAAAAAUAUAUUCUAGUUAUUGUUUGUUAGAAAUAUGUAUCGACAAGCAUUAUACAUAUUUAAAUUUCUUUGAUCGUCCAUUUUGUUGUUGUUUUUAUAUUUUUGUGUUUUUGCAUUGUGGUCACUGAAAAUUGUUGUUAUUCUUUACACAGUGAAGUUUAACUGCUUCAGAAAGGCAACAUGAGUAUUUAUAAUUACUUUAUGUGCAUUAUUGUUUGAUGUGUUUGAUGUAGCGUGCAACACCUUUAUGGAAGUCAGAAUCUGUAAUGUUAAAAAAUGGAGUGUUGGUAAAGCUUUACAAGAUAUACAGUUAUAUUCCCUAAAGCACUUGAAAUGAAAUGGCUUAACUUUUUCAGUCCUAGUGUGGGUUUGAGAAUUUGAUCAGCUUGCAUGCAGGUCAGCAAUGCUGAGCAAACACGCACUUGAAUGAAUGUUGUUGAGAAAUGUUAUUUGCUUCAUGUAACUUACAGUGGUAAUGUAACGCAAGUCGUUUUGGAAAAUCUCAGUUCAUGUACUGUACCCCAGUGACGACGUUCUACAAUUCUACAGAUGGCCAAAUUUAACAUGGAAAGUCCUGAAUUGUUCAUACUGUAUUGUUUCAGUAAUAAAGUAUUUCCUUUGGUCAAAUCGUA